AUGUUCUGUCAAGGUUUUUCUUGGUACGGACCUUAUCUAGAUCAUGUCAUGUCGUACUGGAAAGCUUACCAAGAGAAUCCAGAUCAGAUUCUGCCCCUCAAGUAUGAGAUGAUGAGGGCUGAUCCUUUGCCUUACAUGAGAAGAUUGGCUGAGUUUAUGGGAUAUGGAUUCACAUCCGAGGAAAAGAAGAAAGGGGUUGAUGAGGAAGUGGUGAAUCUUUGUAGCUUUGAGACGCUGAAGAACCUUGAAGCAAACAAAGGGGAGAAACACAGAGAGGACGUUCCUAUUAGUGCUUAUCUGAAUAGUGCAUUUUUCAGGAAAGGAAAGGUCGGAGAUUGGCAGAACUAUCUGACUCCGGAGAUGGCAGCUCGCAUCGAUGGAUUGAUGGAAGAGAAAUUCAAAGGAACCGGUUUGCUUGAGCAUUGUAAAUGA